GACCAAUUUCCAUUUUGUCUAAUUUCGCCAAGGUGUACGAGGAGUUACUUCACGGGCAUAUUUAUUUCAAUGUCAGCUCAUAUAUAUCCACUCGACAGCAUGGAUUUGUAAAGGGAAGAUCUACUGUGACCAAUUUGGCUACGAUUUCUCAAUAUAUCGCGGAAUGUUUGGAUGUUGGGGGUCAGGUUGAUGUGGUAUAUACUGAUUUGUCACGAGCUUUCGAUUCGGUUGAUCAUGGUAUUCUCCUGAAGAAGCUGUCAUCUUUUGGUCUGAGUCCUGGAUAUGUGAGACUUCUGAGGUCAUAUUUGAAGGGAAGAGUCAAUUAUGUGUUUUACAACGGUUUUAAAUCAUUUGAGUAUAUUCUCUCUUGUGGCGUACCGCAGGGAUCCAACUUGGGACCACUGUUGUUCAUAAUCUAUAUGAAUGAUCUUCUAACUUCCCUGAAGUGUCCAGUGUUAGCGUUCGCAGAUGACUUCAAACUCUACCUAAGAAUACUUAAUGCUUUGGAUCAAUUACUCCUUCAAUCAAGCCUGGAAUAUAUGCACGAGUGGUGUUUGCGUAACAAGUUGAUACUAAAUAUGGAAAAAUGUUUCAGCAUCACAUUCACGAGGAAAUCGCAACCACUUACUUUCGGCUAUCAUAUGGCAGGACAGCUGAUAAAUGUAAAGGAUCAGAUUCAUGAUCUUGGAGUCUUUACAUACGUGAUCAGUAAACUAGAAUAUGCCAGUUUGAUCUGGUUUCCCAUCUACAAUUGUCACCUUGUACCACUGGAGCGCAUACAUAGAAAGUUUUUCAAAUAUGUAACAUUUAGGAGUACUGGAAGGUUUCCUGAGCGUGGGGCGGAUUUGUCAAUUAUUAUGAGUGAAAUGAGGAUAUCAUCCCUUCUUGCGAGGCGUGAGGAGCAAUGUGCCAGGUUUGCUCAAAGACUUUUAAAUUACAGAAUAGACUGCCCAUAUUUGCUCUCCAAAAUGAGUUUGAACGUUCCAAGAUUGGUAACGAGAUCUAGAGAGGUGUUUUAUCUACCUACGGCUCGUACAAAUAUAUUCGAACGGUGCCCUGUUUAUAGUAUAUGUCGAAGUGCUGACAGACUGGAGUUGAAUAUGUUUAGUUAGUUUGAGGACUUGAGUUUGUGUUGAGUGGAAUGUUGGAAUUUCAUAUCGCGUGUAUCGGUUUCGGGUCUUUUCCGAGCAAAGGCUGCAUAUGUUUAUAUAUAUUAUAAUUAUAAUUCCUUUCUUAUAUUUUUAUGGUGUAAAUUUUUGAACUGUAACACGUAACAUAUAUUUCUUUGCCCUAUAAUUGGGAUUUUCCUGUUGGGUAAAAUAAAGCUUUAUUAUUAU